CUGAGAAUAUUUUUGCAUCAGCUUUGUAUUUUUGAUUGAAAUUUCUGGGUGCAUUUUUUUCCAUAACAAAUUAAAUCCUCCAAAAUUAGGAAGGAAGGGAAAACGUGUACAGUUGAAUUUUGGAUUCUUGCUAAACAGCUGCAGAUUUCUAAACAAUUGCAGGUCCAGAUAUCUUGUUCCUUGUACAACUUGUUUGGAUGUGUCAUCCAUUUGCCAAAGUUUAGAAGAAGACCCAAAUUGUCACUGUCAGAUGAGAGGAAAAUGGUUAGGAUGUUCAGGAACCAUCAAGGCUCAAUCCUGCCACGAACUUAAAACUCCUGGAACACAGUCAGAACACAGUCAUGUCCACACUGAAGUGAGUUUACAUCACCAAGGACUGAAAGAAGCCCCUGCUCCAUAAUCCGUAUCUUCAAGCUCAAAUGAAACUGCCCACAUAGACAAGUUAAAUACCCCAGGAUUUUUGGAAGCUGGGGCCUCAGGGGGUAUAGACAUACUGUACAAACCGAGGUGAUUUGCACAAUGCUGUAUAUUCACUGGGAUCACGUUACUUGCUUAUUACUUACUAUGUUUAUUUAACUAUGCAGUCAGUCGUAAAAUACGAUUUAUUUUACUGAAGUUCCUUGUGGGUGUCUCUUAACCUUCUUCAUUUUGUGGCGUUUUUGUGAUAGAUGUUUUCUUCCUGGCGACCUUCAGCCUUUUUUCCUUUUUUUUUUUCGGUUAUUUGAACAGUUUUUGUCCUAACCGCUCUCCGUAGUCGCGGCAGCACUGAGCUCUCUGCAGUUGUUGUAGAGAGGUGGGCCCGCCCUCCGCUAAAACACAAACUAAAGUCAGUGUGCAGAUAGGUGGAGAGUGUUGGUGAUUUUUCCCCGUCUGCCACAACUUAAUGGUGAAAAACUAGUGUCUGUUGCGGCGCAGAUAAACGGAGCAGACAGCUUGGUCGUUUGCUUGUAGACAGUGACAGCUAGCAGUUAGCUAACUUGAACUCCAAACAGCGGCUAAAAAUAUUCUCCUGCGAAGUGACCUGAGGUGGACACAGCAGAACAGCUGGUGGGGAAACUACGUGGCACUGCAAAAAAAAAGUGAAGCACCAUGGGCAACACAAGUGACAGAGUGGCUGGAGAUCGGCAUGGUGCCAAGGCCCAUCGCUCAGACAGUGGCAGCAGUUCCAAAGACCAAGAACCCAGCAGCAAGAUGGUGGACAGCACAGAUGACCCCAACACCUUCAACACGCAUGGACCCGAAUUGAAGGCAUCAGGAGAGAAAGAAUUCACCCCAGAUUUGGAUGAUCUGGUUAAAACUGGUCCUCAGGCUCGCCCCACUGUGAUCCGCUGGGCAGGAGGUGGGAAGGAGGUCUACAUAGCUGGUUCUUUUAAUAACUGGAACACAAAGAUACCACUAAAUAAAAGCCAUAAUGAUUUUGUGGCAAUUCUGGACCUGCCCGAAGGAGAGCACCAGUACAAGUUUUUUGUAGAUGGACAGUGGGUGCAUGAUCCAUCAGAGCCGGUGGUAACCAGCCAGAUGGGAACUAUCAACAACUUGAUCCAUGUGAAAAAGUCUGACUUUGAGGUGUUUGACGCCCUUCAGGUCGACUCUUUGGAGUGCUCCGACACGUCAGACCUGUCCAGCUCUCCUCCUGGUCCAUAUGGACAGGAGCAGUAUGUCUUCAGACCUGAGGAGCACUUCAAAGCCCCGCCCAUCCUCCCGCCUCACCUCCUUCAAGUCAUUCUCAACAAGGACACCAAUAUAUCUUGUGACCCUGCCCUGCUGCCUGAACCCAACCAUGUCAUGCUAAAUCACCUGUAUGCACUUUCAAUAAAGGAUGGAGUAAUGGUGCUGAGUGCGACUCACAGAUACAAGAAGAAAUAUGUCACUUCUCUGCUUUACAAGCCUAUCUAAACCUCAGCUCGGGUGCCCCCCAGUGCUUUUAGCAGCAUGUUUAUAAUCUGCUGUGGGGGUUUUUUUGUUGUUGUUGGUUUUUUGUGCGUGUGAGUCUGUGUUGGUGUAUAUGCGUGUGUGUGUGUGCGUGCGCGCUUGUUGUUACAUUUAGCUAUAUCUUGCACUGAAACAAGUUUACAGACGAGCUUAGAGGCCCAUGGCUGUGACUUGGGUUUUAAAGAGGCUGCACUUCUGUCUACAUAGGGCUCUAAACAAUAGUAGCGAAGUGUGUGUGCCAGGUGUUGGAGAAAGCAAUGAGAACCAUAUUGUGGCUUUUUACCUUUGACCUCUACAGACGGAUAAGAUCACUGUGUGUAUUCAAGCGUUUGCUGGUCCUUGUGAUUCAUAAUCAUGUUUUCUGGGGUGCGAAUCCUUGUUACACAUGACUGUUUUUCAGGUAGAGAACCUGUAAAUGAUAUGUUACGUUGGAUUUUGGGUUUUAAUUCAGUUGAGUUUGAAUUUAAUCAGUGUUGAGUGAUUGUAUUCACCUUUCCACUGAUUCCAUUAAGCUUUUAGCUGAGUAAAUGGUGAAUAACAGGAAGACUUAAACUGGCACGAAGUCUAGGUCAACAGGCUGAUGUGAAGAGCAACAAAUUUAGCAUUGCUUGAACUUAAAGUGCAAUAAAAAGCAGAAAUACUACAUUUUAGCUCAACCCAGAAGUAUCAUGUUUAUUCUUGUUUAGCAAGCAGCAGGAACAUCAGCUAGUGCUCAAACGUUUGCAACAACUUGGAGCUGACCUUGUUUGUGAAAGAAAAGCAAAUUUCUUUUCAUUUAAUGUGACAUUAAAUUGAUUAGCAGUUAAUGGUUAAUUAAUUUAUAGCUGAUUAUCUUUUAGUGGUCUGUCCACAUGUGUGUACAGAGGCACAUGUUUUGGAAAGAGAGAGGCUUUGGCGCCGCCACAGCAACUUCCAAUUGCUAGGGAAAUCUGUGCAUUUCCUAACCAGCUGAAAGUGGUUGCUGGUUUUCUCAAAUGUAGUGAUAUGCCAAAAACCACCAUGUGAUUACUUUGUUCAUAGAUUAUAACAGCUUCCAUAAUUUUCAAGAAAGAUGCUGAUUUGUCUGUGAACACUUGAUAAUGACUCACCGACUGUUGUCCUUCAAAGUAAAAGCUAUGACUUAGUGAGUGACUGAGGCUUAGCAGUCAGUUUCACAGCGACUGCCAGCAACCACACACAACAGGUUGUGCAAUACUAAUUUUUCCCUAACAACCGGUGGUUGUCAGUUGGUCUCCAACUGGUGUCUAGGCCCAUGUAACUGAGGCCUAACAUGGUCAGUCAGCCUUUUAAAAUAAUGAUAACUUUGUAUUAGUGAAUACAGUUUGCCGGUCAAACAAGAGUGAAGGUUUCUACAAUAAAAGAGCAAACUGUAUUUAUGAAAACCUUGUGUGUUAUUUGAAAGGUUUUAAUUAUAUUAGCUGAAAAAUCAAAUCUGACUUUCUUUAAAAAACAAGGACAUUUCUGACCCCAGUCUGUGGGUCAUGGUUUGUAGUUUUAAAAAAAUGCAGAACCCACAGUUGGGUUUGAUGCCAUUUGUCGUUCAGUGGAAUCUGCCACAUACAUUUCAGUAUAUGGUAAAGUUUUGGUCACUGCGGGAGGAGUACUCACCUGUUUUAACUGGGAAACCCACUUUCCACAUGAUGAUGGUCAAAGGUCAUUUAGUUCUGCUGUUGCCUUGAUGUAAGUUUUCGAGCACUUUACCGUUCUUUGAGCAGGAGUGUCGAUGUAAGCUUUUAACUAUGCAGCAGACUACAGGAUCUGAUUUAGUCUAAUUAAGAUAUUUUGCUGUGCUUUGUGUGUAUCUGUAUGGAGUUGUAUUUAUCAAACAGGAUUACAGGAAUGUACUGUAUCUGUUACAUGUACUGUAUAGUUUUAUACAGAGGCCUGUACACGCGAACAGUUUCACCUUGCUGCUUGGUAUUGAUUGCCCUUAUAAAGAUACAUGGGGUGCACAUUUAGAAAGUGACUGAGCGCGCACACCUCAAACAGUAGUCAGGGGCACAUCAUCAGAUGAAUCGACAUGAGCAGAACUCAAGUGUUGUACAAAGUUUGCUUACCAUGUGUAUUCAUAAAAGCAUUUGAAGCUAAUCUGUUAUGGGUUUUUUUGGUAUGGUGGCUUUAAACGUUGUGUGUUCCACUUUUUCCGUUUGGUGUUUAUUUGUCUGCAUCUUAAGUACAGUAUAUACCAACAUCUGGUAAACUCCAGACUUGUAAAAGGGGCUUUCAUAAAUCCUGUUGGGUGUACAAGUGUUUUGUAAAAGGUAAGGCUAGCUAGGAAGUUUUGUCCAAAGAGUUUCAUAUGACAAGAUGACAAGGGAUUGUGGCAAUGCAGCCAGAUUCCCAGACAUGGAUUAAGUCCUAAAUUCAAAGAAGAUCCAUGUCUGGUAGACUUGGCUGUUUUAAGGUUGAAACUGAAACUUGAAUUUUACAGCGGUUUCAUGAAUGUUUUUAAAAAUGCUUUGCAGAAGCAGUGUAAGGAUCAACUGUACAAGGUUUUACUUGUUUGCAUAUAAAUCAAAAUAAAGAGGGUGCACUGA